GGGGUCGACCGGCCUGGGCUUGCGGGGGGGAAAAGAGGAAAAAGUUUCGCGGCCACGUGGUUGGCUCGUGCAGAGGGGUGGGGAGGGCGUGCCCGGGCCUCUUUUGACCCCCCGGCAGGCACCGUCGGGGCUUCACUGAGCGCAGGAGCUGCAUUCGCCCGAGGUGUCGCCAUGCCUCCCGCCGAGAUCAUCAGCGGCAAGGCCGUUUCCGAGCAAGUGAGGCAGAGGCUCAAGAGCCAAGUGGCAGAAAUGAAGGCGAAAGUCCCGGGCUUCAGACCAGGCCUUGCAAUUCUACAGGUUGGUGAUCGGGAUGAUUCAAAUCUCUACAUUAGCAUGAAACUCAAGGCUGCUGCUGAGAUCGGGAUCAGUGCCAACCACAUCAAACUGCCAAGCACUGCAACAGAAGCCGAGGUGCUGAGAUGCAUUCACAAUCUGAACGACGACCCUGCUGUUCAUGGGUUUAUAGUACAAUUGCCUUUGGAUACCAACAAGCCCAUCAACACGGAGAAAGUUACCAAUUCUGUGGCACCUGAAAAGGAUGUGGACGGCUUGAGCAGUAUUAAUGCAGGGAAGCUCUCGCGUGGCGACCUCGGAGACUGCUUCAUUCCCUGCACGCCAAAAGGAUGCAUGGAGUUGAUCAGGCAGACAGGUGUCCAGGUGGCAGGGAAAAGAGCCGUGGUGAUUGGUCGCAGCAAGAUAGUUGGCGCUCCGAUGCACGACCUCCUGCUCUGGAACCACGCGACUGUGACGACUUGCCACUCCAAGACUGCCUCCCUGGCUGAGGAGGUCAGCAAAGCGGAUAUCCUGGUGGUUGCUGCUGGCAAGGCAGAGAUGGUGAAAGGCGAUUGGAUCAAACCUGGCGCGGUCGUGAUUGACUGUGGAAUCAACCACAUACCAGACAGUACGAGGGCAAGUGGGAAGAGGGUCGUUGGCGAUGUGGCCUACAGCGCAGCCAAGGAGAAGGCAGGUUACAUAACCCCGGUCCCUGGAGGUGUCGGGCCAAUGACGGUUGCCAUGCUGAUGCAGAGCACUGUAGAAAGUGCACAACGCUUUCUGGAGAAAUAUCAGCCUGGCAAGUGGAAUAUUCAGUAUAACCAGCUGAUCCCGAGAACGCCUGUUCCAAGCGACAUCGAAGUAUCCCGGUCCUGCUUCCCCAAGCCCAUUGGCCAGCUGGCCAAGGAGAUCGGCCUACUCUCAGAUGAGGUGCAACUCUACGGCCAGUGCAAGGCCAAGAUUUCGCUGUCAGCGCUAAAGCGCCUGAAGGACCAGCCCGAUGGCAGAUACGUUGUCGUAACGGGUAUAACGCCCACACCCCUGGGAGAAGGGAAAAGCACCACAACAGUGGGACUGGUUCAAGCGCUGGGAGCAUACCUUGGUCGGAAUGCCUUUGCCUGCGUCCGGCAGCCUUCGCAAGGACCCACGUUUGGAAUUAAAGGUGGUGCGGCUGGAGGUGGAUAUUCUCAGGUUAUUCCUAUGGAGGAGUUCAAUCUCCACCUCACUGGCGACAUCCACGCCAUUACUGCAGCCAAUAACCUGGUCGCUGCCGCUAUCGACGCCCGCAUCUUCCAUGAGGCCACACAGUCUGAUCAGGCUCUCUAUUCCCGCUUGGUCCCUUCUGUUGACGGUGCCCGGAAGUUCUCCAACGUCCAGAUCCAGAGAUUGCGGAGAUUGCAUAUUGAGAAAACAGACCCAAAGGCUUUGACGGAUGAUGAAAUAAACAAAUUUGUGAGAUUGGAUAUUGAUCCAGACAGCAUAACAUGGCAAAGAGUGAUGGACACAAAUGACAGGUUUCUGCGGAAGAUCACUAUUGGGCAGUCUCCAACCGAAAAGGGGUUCUCACGCACAGCUCAGUUCGACAUCACGGUUGCCAGUGAAAUCAUGGCGGUCUUGGCUCUCACAGAUGGCCUGGAGGACAUGAGGCGUCGCCUGGCCAAAAUGGUGGUGGCUUCCAGCAAGAAAGGCGUUCCAAUUACCACUGAAGAUCUGGGAGUUAGUGGUGCCUUGGCAGUUUUGAUGAAAGAUGCUAUUGAGCCAAACCUCAUGCAGACUCUGGAGGGCAACCCCGUGUUUGUCCACGCCGGUCCAUUUGCCAACAUUGCCCAUGGCAACUCAUCCGUCCUGGCAGACAAGAUUGCCCUGAAGCUCGUUGGCAAGGAAGGGUUUGUGGUGACAGAAGCUGGCUUCGGAGCAGAUAUUGGCAUGGAAAAGUUCUUUGACAUCAAGUGCCGGUAUUCUGGCCUGCAGCCCCAUGUGGUCGUCUUGGUGGCUACUGUCCGAGCUCUGAAGAUGCAUGGUGGAGGACCUACGGUCACAGCUGGAGUUCCCUUGCCAAAGGAAUACACUGAAGAGAACCUCCCACUUUUGGAGAAGGGGUGCAGCAACUUGCGGAAGCAAAUCCAAAACGCCAGGACCUUUGGCAUCCCAGUCGUCGUAGCUGUCAAUGCAUUCAAAUCUGAUACCGAGGCGGAGCUACAGCUGGUCAUCCGGUUGGCUAAGGAAGUGGGCGCUUUUGAUGCUGUGAAAUCCACCCACUGGGCCGAAGCAGGGAGAGGAGCCAUUGCUCUGGCCGAAGCCGUACAGAGAGCAUCGCUGGCCCCCAGCAACUUCAAGUUUUUGUACAAUGUGGAGCUUCCAAUUCUAGACAAGAUAAGAAUUAUUGCACAGACGAUCUACGGGGCAAAGGACGUUGAACUGCUGCCAGAAGCAGAGCAGAAGAUUCUUCUGUACACCAAGCAGGGUUUUGGGAACCUGCCCAUCUGCAUGGCGAAAACCCACCUGUCGCUGUCUCACGACCCAGAACAGAAAGGGGUGCCGUCUGGUUUCAUCCUGCCCAUCAGAGACAUCCGAGCCAGUGUGGGCGCAGGAUUCUUGUAUCCGCUAGUAGGAACGAUGAGCACAAUGCCGGGACUUCCAACUAGGCCUUGUUUCUAUGACAUUGACCUGGAUCCAGCGACUGGAGAAGUGACCGGCCUGUUCUAAAAUGAACUGACAAUCCAAAGUAUCCAAGCAAUGCCAGUUUGGCGAAACCUGAAGAAGGUGCCUCAAGGGGACACUAGGAAGUCUUUGGAAACAAAUUAGGCUGCUGCAUUUUUUAAAAAUAAUAAUAAUCUGUAAUACUGUAUUUUUAAUUAGGUUGUCUACUUUUUAGUCACUACAGGUGAAAGUCUGCAUCAUGUUAAACGCAAAGGGUGAUCACCAGAAUUAGUCGUAUUCAGGAGUAGAUCUAUGGGCUUAAAUCCAUUGAUUUCAGAGGGCCUACUCUGGCUAAUGUUGGAUAUCACCCAGAAACCUUUUAAAAUGGGUUCAAAAUGUGGUUUUAAACAGGCAGUGAAAAGCAAUAUGCGGUUUUAACUAGGGUAGCAAACUUAUUAAAGUUGUUUUAAUUGAUUAAUCUUGCAGUAUGCAUAUGGGUAAACAGACUAUUUCUAAGCAAAGGAUAGCAUUUUCUUUGUUGGUAGAUUGUAUGUGUCAUAUUUGGCAACAUCAAAGAAGCGUUCUUUUGGAAAGAGAUGCUAGAGAAGGCUUCUUUUAGAAUGGUGUUUGCCUUCUGCGCUUUUUAUAUUCGCAAAACUUUGUUAAAAAUCUGCCCAGCUAAUUGGAGGAGACCUUUUUUGGGUUGGUUAAAAAAAUGUGAUCAUGUAAUCCUAACUGAUUAGCAUCCCCUAUUUGUGCCUACGGUACUACACAAUAGUGUGUUUUUAACGUCUUAAAUCUUUGGUGUAAUUAUGAAUGCUAGUACAUUCCCAUGGAAUGGGGCAGGCAACUCUGCAUGUACCCCCCAAGCUGCACAGUCUGUUCUGAAAUCGGCGAGGCAAUGCACUGUUCAAUGGCAGAAGCACACAGAAAGUAACCCAGGUUCAAUCCCUUUCGGUUAAAAGGAUCUCUGGGAGCAGGCCUUAGAAACACCUGUGCCUGAGACCUUGAGGUCUUGCUUCUCAUCAUAGGCCGGGGUCAUCCAGUGCUGUGCCUUCUAAAUUGCCAGUCGGAAUUCAUGGGCAUUGGAGACCAGCUAGUCAUGAUGGUCGUAUCCUGCCUCCAGGAUCAGAGACAGUACGAUUGUUGGACUCCCAACUGCUGGAAGACAACAAUAGGGGAGUGCCGUCAUCCACAUGUCCUUGUGGCAUAGCUGCCAAGUACCCCGUUUUCCCCGGGAAAGCCCCAUUUUUACUUACCUUUUCCCGGUGGUCCCCCGUAUCACUUUGUCUCCCGUUUUUCUCCGUUAUUUUCUCCUGCCGGUGGCCAUUUUUUUUCUUUCCAAUUUGCCCUUCUAUGGGCACCAAAAAUGGCCACCACCGGCUUCAAAAGUCGCAUCUACGCAUGUCCGGAAGUGCAUAGACGAGACUUCCGGUGUCGGCGGCGGCCAUUUUUGGUGCCCAUAGAUGGGUGGAGCGACACCGGAAGUUACGCUGACACAACUUCCGGUGUCACACGGCUGCCAGUCCCGGAUUCUGCAGUCCGGGACUUGGAAGGUAAGCCUUGUGGUGGACUUCCAACUGAGGCAUCUGGUUGGCCCCUGGGCCAAACAGACCAGCAUUCUGACGGUACAAAGGGUUCUUUGCAUGCUCACAUCAGUUUACAUGGCCUUCAUCUCCUGUUCGGCAGCAGUCGGCUCUCCUAAUGCAGGCCUGCAAAUAUAUGAUCAGCCAGUCUGAAUGCACGGGUGGGGGCCCAUCAGGAAACUUGAUCAACCUCCCUUUUUAUUUAGUAGUCCUUGGGAGGCAGCAAAAAAUAAAUAAAAAUAAAGUAGAGGACAAUUGACGAGCAGGUUGGUGGCAUUGUGUUUGGCUCAGCGGACGACAAGUGGUGCAGGCCUAUUCUGAGAUAUGUAGCUAGUUUAAAUGAUACAGGGGAGUGGGUGGAUAAUUGUGUCACCUCUAGCGACAGCUCCCCACGCAGUGGAGCAGAACUGCCCAUCACUUGAGCAAUGCCUCCUUGGGUAGCUGCUUGGUUUACUUGCUUGCGCACACACCUGACUGAGUGCGUGUUCGCUUUUGAGCACCCAUGAACAAAGCCUGACUUCCUCAUAGCAACUGGAGAAAGGAAAUCUUCAAAGCCAAACUCUUCUGUUUCUGCACUGCUUGGGAAUUCAUUUAACAAGCGUCUUAGCUUUCCCACCGGGGAUUGGGACUCGGCACAUGUUCAGCACAGGCCGCAACCCAAUAGGUCAUCUUGCCGCUUGGAUGCCAGCCAGCCAGCCAUUGUAGCAAAUUGCCCAGAUCUCUUGGGAUCCAUAUAUUGCCCCCACUGUGUGUUGGUUCUAAGUAUACUUUUCCCUGUGGAUGCCUGAUGUCUGCACGCUGCACCUUUUAAAGUCCUGCUGUAUUUUCAUUUUGGUAUUGCUUCAAAGGCUCUGCUUGCUGUAGGAGUUGUCCCAUUCCUGGUUUUAUUCCAGAUCUGGAGUUUAUUUACGCCUACCCUGAUCAUCGCCAGGCACCAAGGAUGGCUGGGAACGAUGUGGACUUGUACGGUCAACCUGGAUGGCUUCUCGGGUGAUUGCAGGGGCAUUUGCUGUAGUAUGACACCUUGUUUGCCCAGGAUGUUCCCCUGCACUGCGAAUGUACAAAAUACCCGAAUACCUCUCCUUUGAGUCCUUUUCUGACUCUCAAUUGUGCAAAGAAAUUUAGAGAUGAUGGAUGGGAAACUUCCCAUGCUUCUCUCUUAUUUCGUAAAAGGGCAAAGUCCUUGGUUUUGCAUGCAGAAAAAUGUCCCAGGUUCAAUCUACAGGUAGGACUGGAAAAAACCCUUUUCUGAAACCCUAAAGAGCCACUGCCAAUCAAUGUAGACUAUGCUGAGCCAGGUGGACUGGGUCUGUAUAAGGCAACUUCCUAUGUUCCUGUGGGUUUUUUAAAACAUAUUUUUAAAUUAAUUUUGAAUAUAGGGACAUACAAUCAGCUCCAGUUCCCCAACCCAAUCACAACCCCAGCUGAGUCCAGUUGCAUUAGUAACAAUAAAACCUUGACUCGAUGGCUGCCGAUUUAUAAAGUGCUGUUCCACAGGCUCCCAUGUGCAUGUUUUUUCUUGGUUGCAAAUGAAAGAAUUCCUGCGGUUUUUAUGAUGGGUUUACUCCUAUUUGAAGUCCCAGGUUCUGACCUCCAAGGGAGACCCAAACUGACCAGUGCUCUUUCCAUCUCCGUCAGCAUCGCUUAAGAGAAAUUUGCGUGCAGCCCUGAUUGUUCUUUUUUUCAGAAUCCAAAGUCAACCAAAGGUUUUGCCUUCAGUGCUCCUUGGUGGGCACCUCUUUCUAUUUGUGGGGAGACUGGAUCUCCCACAUAAGACCUCCAGGAUGGGACAUUUCCUCCCGCUUUGCCUUUUUAAAAGGUCCCUAAUGUUCACUGCCAAACCUUUAUUUCUUUUAUGCAACAUUCAUGUUUCUGUUCAAGUGAUCAAACAAGAUGCAAAAGCUGUUUUAAAUAAGGUUUGUCGCACGCACGCGCACACACAGAGAGAGAGAGAGAGAAAGAAGAACAUCUUCUUUCCUCUCCCCCAAAGAUAUAUUACUUCCUAAUGUGAAAAUGCAAUUGUUGCCAGACUUGUAAUUAACACAAAUAAAUUGCUACAUCUUUGAAAAGCUCUCAGGUACUUGAUUAAUGGUCUGUGAUUAAUGUAGAGGAACUUGUUUUUAUUAUGAGUUCCAGAACUGUUUUGGGCAAGAGCCCUGGUUACUGGAAAUAAAUGCUGCAAUAUUUGCAUCUGCAAUGCACCAA